AUGGGUUCUAUUCCGGAAAAGACGCUUUUGGACAACUCAAUCGCUACCCAGGCCAACGAUGCCCAGAGGGCAGCACACCUAGCCAACAAUAUCGGCACUCUUGGUACAUCUUUUCUCCUCGACGAUGAAGAGGGUCGUCUUGCCCUUCUAAAGCAGGCCCGGUCACUGCUACAGGCGCUGGAGACCCCAAGAGAGACGAUGAUUAAACAUUGUUGGGCUCAGCCUGCUGUGACCUUCGUCAUUGCGACUGGCAUUGAGUCGGGCCUGUUUCAGUACCUGGCCCAAAACCCUGGUCCGAAGACCGUGGAUCAUCUAGGCAAAGCUCUUCGUUUUGAUAUCGAUGUACUUUCUCGCACACUGCGUCAUCUCUGCUCAAUGGGAUACCUCAAGGAAGUUGGCCCGGAUGAGUACGCCGGCACAAACUUCACCAAGUCGCUGAGUUUACCGAUCAUAGCCGGCGGAUAUCCUUGUCUCGUCGAAAGUUGCUGGCCGACAUUUUCGAAUUUCCCCCUCUACCUCAAAAAGCACGACUGGUCCAUCUCGCCGGACCCUAGAGAGGGGCCAAUGCAGGAUGUCAUCGGUAAAGAUAACAACUUCUUCAAGCACAUGAUGACCAAUCAUCCCGCCGGAGAAUUCCAGAACCAUAUGGCCGGAUACAGGCAAGGACGCCCUUCCUGGAUGGAUGAUGGAUUUUUCCCUGUUUCAGAGCGCCUUGUCAAAGGCGCAGACAGUUCAUCAGAGGCGGCUUUUCUGGUCGACAUUGGCGGUAGCAUCGGCCACGAUCUAGACGAGUUCUGUCGAAAGCAUCCCACUGCUCCGGGCCGACACGUCCUCCAAGAUCUUGAAUACGUACUAUUCCAAGUUCAGAAGGUUGACCCCAAGAUUGAGCCCAUGUCGUACGAUUUCCACACAGAGCAGCCCGUCAAAGGCGCAAGAGCCUAUUAUAUGCACUCUGUUUUACACGACUGGACGGAUGAUGUUUGCAGGAGCAUCUUGUCGCGCGUCACUGCGGCAAUGAAACCGGGUUACAGCAAGCUCCUCAUUAAUGAGAAUGUGAUUCCCUCGACGGGGGCUGAUUGGCAGGCUACGGCGCUGGAUAUGAUGAUGAUGACACUCUUUAGUUCCAGGGAGCGAACAGAAGAGCAAUGGCGCAAGCUUCUGGAACCUGCUGGUCUCAAGAUUGCCAAGAUUUGGUCAGCGGGUGAAGGCGUAGAGAGCUUGAUCGAGUACCAACCUGCGCGAGCUCAGCUUUCCCCCGCGACUAUGUUCACUCCAAUCCGAGUCGCCGCCUGCCACGUCUCGCCUAUAUUCCUCUCCGCGCGACGCACAACCGAAAAGGCAAUCUCCCUCAUUGACCAAGCAUCCAGGAACAAAGCAAACCUCGUUGUCUUCCCAGAGACCUACAUCCCAGCGUUCCCUAUCUGGUCCUCCCUGCGCGCCCCCUUUGAGAACCAUGACCUCUUCAAGUCCAUGGUGCAGGAAUCCGUCCACAUCGACGGUGAAGAGAUAGACGCUCUCCGCUCCACGGCAAAGAAGCUCAACGUACUGCUUAGCGUCGGCAUUUCUGAAAAGGCUCGCUACAGCAGCGCGACGCUUUUUAACACUAACGUCAUUAUCGGUACUGACGGAGAGAUCCUAGUCCAUCACCGAAAACUCAUGCCAACGUUUUUCGAAAAGUUGACGUGGGCGCCCGGAGAUGGCUACGGCCUGCGCGUCGCAGAGACGCGAUUUGGGAAGAUUGGGAAUCUCAUUUGCGGGGAGAACACAAACCCGCUUGCGAGGUAUGCGCUCAUGGCGCAGGGAGAGCAGAUUCAUAUCUCCACAUGGCCUGCGAUAUGGCCGACGAGAGUUCCGAAAUCCAAGGAGACAAGCUCUCGAGUGGGAUCAAGCGUGGCUAAAGGGGCCAACUAUGACAAUGUUGCUGCCAACAGGACGAGGGCGGCUGCACACUGCUUUGAGGCUAAAAGCUUUGGUGUUCUCUGCUCAGGAGUACUGGGCGAGGAUGCAAUUGAGUCUGUCUCUUCGGGGGCGAGUCAAGAAGACGUGGUCUCCCAAGCGCUGAGAGAUUCGCCACGGGGCGCGACCAUGUUCUUGGACUCAACGGGCGCAUUAUUGCCGGGGUUUACAAUUGAAGAGGGAACUCUCCGAGAAACCCCGUCAGAAUUCUUGCAACACGAAGAAGGCAUCUUGUAUGCCGACUUAGAUGUUGGGGAUUGUGUUGAGGGAAAGCAGUACCACGAUGUGGUUGGCGGGUAUCAACGCCUAGACGUAUUUGAUCUCAAGGUUGACCGUAGGCGGCGGGAACCGGCUCUGUUUAGGGGAGACAAUCUCAUACAGAAAGGAUAA